CCCAUAAAUAAAACUACUAUACGGAAAAACCAAAAUAAAAAGGUCUUCCCUCUCGCGAUUGAAUACGACGCCAUAGCUUCGGAGCGCAAUUGCACUAGUACUACUUUUCCGAGUUUCACCCAAACCGAUCCGAUCUCCCAUUUCACAAUUAGGGUUUUGCCAAUCCUUGGAACGAAGAGAGCGAUCGAAUGUCCUCCUCAGAGCCGAUCUCCGGCGACGGAGGAGAGGAUCGAGAACUGGCCGAUGUCCACGUGGCGGAACUGGUCGCGGUGUCGACGGACGAAUCUAGUCCUGAUUCAAUUCUACAGGAGCAAAUAGCCCCUCUGUUGGCCCCAUUGGAGAAGCCUAAGAUCAACAUCUUCGCCAUCUCCUACCCCAGACGGAAACCAAACAGGGAUCAAGUUAUAAGAUUACCGGAAUCAGAGAUCUCACUUUUUACACAAUUCUUCACAUGGGCAUGGAGCGGAUCAAGGUAUUCUGGUCUACUAUGCAUGGCCCUCUCAUCUACUAUCUACUGUAUCAUGGAAGUUCUUUCCGAUAUUUUUUCUGUGCAAGCAAUACCUCUUUUUGAGAUAACAACUACAAGAUGUACAAUUAUUGCGAUAUUGUCAUUUAUGUGGCUGAGAAGGAGUGGACAGCCAAUAUUUGGGCAAACAAACAGGAACCUUUUGGUUUCAAGAGCUCUUGUAGGAUACCUGUCAUUGUUGAGUUUUGUUUAUUGUUGGGGGCCAUUGCUUGUCCUGUUCUUUACUGUCAAAUGGGAAAGUAAUAUAAGGCAACGUUACCGAAUAUGCGAGAUAACUUUAAGCAUUCAGAGGUUACCACUGUCCCAGGCCGUUAUAUUGAGCUUUACAACUCCAAUCAUGGCGUCCCUUGCAGCAAGAGUUAUCUUGCGUGAAAAGUUGAAAAUUGCGGAAAUAGGAGGUCUUGCUUGCAGUUUCUUCGGUGUGCUCUUCAUUUUCCGGCCAAUGACUACCACACAAGGAUGGCUGGCGAAAGCUGCAGAAUUAACUGAUUUGUCUGCUCAGGGAAGCCAUCAUAUUUAUGCAGUAUUGAUUGGUUUGUUUUCAUCAAUAACUGGUGGAAUCAGCUACUGUCUCAUAAGGGCAGGAGCAAAGGCAUCUGAUCAACCUGUGGUCACUGUCUUUUCAUUUGGAAUACUUGCAAGCCCGGCUUCAGUAAUAUGUACAUUUGCCUUUGAGGAUAUUGUGCUACCUAAUGUUUAUUCUUUCGUUCUUAUGGUUGUCUUGGGCAUAAUGGCCUUCUUCGCAGAGGUAUUAUUAGCACGUGGUCUUCAGCUUGAGAAAACCAGCAAAGUUGCAAAUAUUCAGUAUGUUGAGGCUGCCCUAUCACAAUUGUGGGGAAUGGGUUUGCAAAGAAUAGCUCCGUCCUUUGGCAGAGUUGUUGGUUGUUCUCUUAUCUUGAUUUCAGCAUUUUGUACUAUGUAUAUUGGUCCUGAUAAAGACACCGAAUGAAACAUAUCUGGGUAUUGUGUUCCAACUAUAACACACCCAUUCUUUGUUGUAUUCAACUUGCUUGUCUUCACAGUUUCCAUAAUUGUAUCGAUCGGUUUUGGUCUAUUCAUUGUGUUGUAAUUGCAGUUAUAGAUACAGGCAUACACAUUACACUUCCUGUGUUUGAGUUUACAUGAAAAAGAACCUAUACAAUUUUGAAAAUCAGCAUCACUGUGAAAAUUCUUUGAGCAA